GCGGGCUGAUGAGGGGGGCGUGUGAGGGGCCUGCAGCGCCGUCGCGUGCCUCGAGGAUCCUGAGGGCCCCCACCCUGCCACGGCGCGAGGCCGGGAUGGGGAAACUGAGGCCCGAGGCAGGGCAGCGGACCCAAGGUCACGCGGCGGUCCCAGCAUUCUUCGGCCCCCGAGGCCACCCUGCGGCUUCCAGCGGCGCCAGAAGGCUCGCGGCUCCUGGUGGGGAGAGGUUGCGGGGACCGGGGCCUCGGAGCGCAGGCCGGGCGCGCGUUCACUGACGCGCCGCGGACAAGUAUUGUUUUGUUCUUGGGCUGGGGUCACAACUCUGUCUCGGAGAAAGACGUAGUACACACCCCGCGUUGAAGGGACAUGUGGUCGGUGUUGGGGAGGUGCGGCUAGCGCCCCGAGGAGCCUGUAGAGAGCGGCUCGGGGCCCGAAUCGCCUGGUUUCGCGUCCUGGGUCCCCCACCGGCUAUCUGUGACCUUGGCUGUCUCUGGGUCUCAGUUACCGCGUCUGAAGAAUGGGACUGUGAUGAGUUCCCUGCAGUCCUCUAGAGCUGCUAAGUUGGUUCUGAUAAAAGGGUCCCAGCAAUGCCUGGAUCGCCUGUGGAAGUGAAGAUACAGUCAAGAUCCUCACCUCCCAUCAUGCCACCCCUCCCGCCAAUAAACUCUGGAGGACCAAGACCAGUGUCCUUUACUCCUACAGCAUUAAGCAAUGGCAUCAACCAUUCUCCUCCCAACCUGAAUGGUGCACCAUCUCCACCACAGAGAUUCAGCAAUGGUCCUGCAUCUUCUACAUCAUCAGCACUAACAAAUCAGCAGUUGCCAGCCACUUGCGGUGCUCGACAACUUAGCAAGUUGAAACGGUUUCUUACCACCCUACAGCAGUUUGGUAAUGAUAUCUCACCUGAGAUUGGAGAGAAGGUUCGCACACUUGUCCUAGCACUGGUGAACUCAACAGUAACCAUUGAAGAAUUCCACUGCAAGCUCCAAGAGGCCACAAAUUUUCCUCUUCGUCCUUUUGUGAUUCCAUUUCUGAAGGCCAACUUGCCCCUGCUGCAGCGAGAACUGCUGCACUGUGCACGAGCUGCCAAGCAGACCCCUUCCCAGUACCUGGCCCAGCACGAACACCUUCUGCUUAACACCAGUAUCGCAUCUCCUGCCGACUCUUCUGAACUGCUCAUGGAGGUGCACGGUAAUGGGAAGAGGCCCAGUCCAGAAAGGAGGGAAGAAGGUAAUUUUGAUAGAGAUACCAUUCCUCCUGAACCCCCUGCCAAGAGAGUAUGUACCAUCAGCCCUGCUCCUCGGCAUAGUCCUGCCCUCACUGUACCCCUUAUGAAUCCUGGUGGCCAGUUCCAUCCUACUCCUCCACCUCUUCAGCACUACACCUUAGAAGAUAUUGCAACUUCCCAUCUGUAUCGGGAACCCAACAAGAUGCUAGAGCAUCGGGAAAUUCGUGAGAGACACCACAAUCUUGGUCUAAAUGGAGGCUAUCAGGAUGAAUUGGUAGACCAUCGUUUGACAGAGAGGGAAUGGGCUGAUGAAUGGAAACAUCUUGACCACGCCCUGAAUUGCAUAAUGGAAAUGGUGGAAAAAACCAGGCGCUCCAUGGCAGUUCUCAGGCGCUGUCAGGAAUCUGAUCGAGAAGAACUGAACUACUGGAAAAGACGAUUUAAUGAAAACACAGAGAUGAGGAAAACAGGGACUGAGUUGGUCUCCAGGCAACACAGCCCCGGGAGUGCAGAUUCUCUAAGUAGUGAUUCUCAGCGAGAAUUCAGCAGUAGACCAGGAACAGGAUAUGUACCUGUGGAGUUCUGGAAGAAAACAGAAGAAGCUGUGAAUAAGGUGAAAAUUCAGGCCAUGUCCGAAGUACAGAAGGCCGUUGCUGAGGCUGAGCAAAAAGCAUUCGAAGUGAUUGCAACAGAGAGAGCUCGAAUGGAGCAAACCAUAGCAGAUGUCAAACGACAGGCUGCAGAGGAUGCCUUCCUUGUCAUCAAUGAACAAGAGGAGUCCACCGAGAAUUGCUGGAACUGUGGCCGCAAAGCUAGUGAGACAUGCAGUGGCUGCAAUAUUGCACGGUACUGCGGCUCUUUCUGCCAACACAAGGACUGGGAACGGCACCACCGCCUCUGUGGCCAGAGCCUUCAUGGCCAGAGUCCCCACAACCAGAACCGGCCACUGCUGCCCGGAGGAAGGAGCUCCUCAGUCAGAUCCACUGACUGCAGCGUGCCCAGCCCAGCCCUGGACAAGACCUCAGCCACCACCUCACGUUCCUCAACACCUGCCUCUGUGACAGCCAUCGACACCAAUGGACUCUGAGCCCAACUCCACUAAUCCUGAGGACCAUUCCACGCAAACAGAUCAUUGCAUGGGGGUUGGCUGUUGGAACAUGUAGCUGUUGGGUCAUCAGCAGGAAAUGAAGUAGCAACAGGAAGCAUCCAAGCAACUCCCCCUGGCCUCUCUGGGACUUGCCAUCUGUGUCCUUGGUGGAACCAGUGUGACGUUCUCUGAAAAUAGGCAGCGUAUUGGAGCGAUCUCCUCCGUGGGUUUCUGGUGUGCUCCUCUCCCAGUGAAACAACCCUCUGCCUUUGCUGUGUAGGUCACCAGCUCCCCUUGCCUCUGAGUCAGCAAACUGUCAGUGUGCCCAGCCAGGCUGGCAGCAGCUUACCUACCGACAGUCCUCACACAGUGGAAGCCUGAAGGCUGGCAGCAGGCUGAGGAGGAGGUCCCCUUUCCCCUGAACAGCUCUUGAGCCCUAUUUCUACCUUCAAGCAAGUGAUGCUGAUUGGCCUCUUGGGGACUUGAGUAGCAGAAAGCAGUACUCAGGACUCCCUCCUCAACCCUACUGUUCCGACUUGGGAAGAAGCCCAGAAACAACAGGAAAGAAACCGCCACUUUAAUAAAAGCACCAUAAUAAAAAGAAAUAAGUAAAUUUUCCCCAUGCAUCACAGAUCAUUUUGGACAAGAUUUUCCAACCUAACUGGCUACUUUAGUUUGGAACCCAUUUUUGUCCCCUCUUUCACUUGAUUUUGCUUCUGCAGAAAUUAUUUUCCAGCACGUGGAUUGAUCCAAGAGAGAGAGACUCCAUUCUGUUAGUCUUUCCUCUCUGAGCAUGUUGGCCAGACUCGCAUCAUCCAGUUACUCAAUGGAUCAUCUCUUUGAAAUGCAGAACCCUCUGCCACUGCUUGGCUCUUUGCCCAGUCAUCGUAUCUGUGACCUUUUAUCUCUCAGACCACACAUGUCUGGUCCACCAUGACAUCUGCUCAUCAGCCCUGUUGGCCCCUGUACACUACAAUUGUCCCACUGAUGUGCUGUGGUGUGUCAGCAGAACUUGCCCCACUUGUCAAGGCCUGGUCUCAUCUGAGUAGUCCUCCCAGAUCUGAAGGAAUCCCUCAUGACUUUAUUCCUGCUAUAUUGAUUCAUUGUCAGGCACACUUUCCCUUCUCUAAUGUUGUCUGAAACCUUACCCCCCCCUGAGCUCAGAAUGAUUCUUUGAAGUGUGGGAACCAUUUACAGAAGCCUAGCAAAUUUUUCUUCCCAUUUCCAGGGAUUUUUCUAGCUGCUUACUUGGCUAUCUAAACAUAACUUCACUGUACCCUUUGCAGAGUGUGGGGGCACUCUUGCCAUUUAGGGAACCUAGGGUCCAACCCCAUGGAGGCAGUUGAGGUGAGUUGGUGGCUCUGCCCCUGCUGGCCUGUGAAAGCCAGGAUCAGAUCACCAACCUCAGUGUACACUUGAGUCUCAAGUAAAAGCCCUUAGUUCGAUAAAGAAUGGGACCAACACAAGUGGCAUUGUCCUUUCAUACAGGUAUAUCUCACUUUAAAAACUUAAGUUCUCGAUACACCUUGACCAAGGAUUUUCAAUUUCACAAAGAAGCUUGGGGCAGGGUAUGAUGGUAUUUGCCUAUAACCCUAAUCCCAGCACUGUGGGGUUCUGAAGUAGGAGAACUGCAAGUUUGAGCACAGGCAGGGCGACUCAGUAAUUUAGUGUGGUGCUGUCUUGGAAUUAAAAAACAGGGCAGGGAGGGCAGGGCCACGGAUAAAGCUUAGUGGCACAAGUGUCUGCCUGGCAAUUGCAAGGUGCAGAGUUCAAUUCCCAGUACCCAAAAUAAAGUAGGAUGAAAACAGGAGAGGGCACCGUGGCAGGUUGCUCAGUGUGAAGGCCCUAAUUUCAAUCCUCAGGAUUCUUCCAAAAAGUGGGGUAGGGGCAUUAUUUUAGUUUAGGCUGGCCUCAAACUUUCACGAGUCCUGUUUCAGCCUCUCCCAGUGCUGGGAUUACUACCACACCCAGCUAAAGCACCUGUAAAAUAUCUGUAUUUCCAAUAUACAAGGCAAAGGGCCCAGAGAAAGAAAAGAGAAUCAUGUUCCUCUGCCAGGGAAUACCUAAGACCCACUGUCUUCCAGUUGCAAGGUACGGCUGGGCCUCCCCAGACCCUUCUAGAGCCUCAGCAGCUGGGAGUGAAUGGGGUUUAGCAAGCAUGCAGUCAAUGCCCAGACAGCACUUGGCCACAUCCUGUGACACACAGGUAUCUCCUGAAAAGGCCGGGGAAUCUAAAUUAAUUAGAAUAAGGUGUCUUAUGGAGUACAUUGAAUCCGUCCCAGCUUGCUGUUUUUCAUUAGUAAGUUGAAUGAACACCUUACAUGUUUUCUUCAUUGGCACCAAGACCAGCCAGGGUUGCUCAGGGUUUUUUGGGGUUUUUGUUUUGUUUUGUUUUUAACUGGUUGGAAUAAAGAGCCAAAACCAACAAAAUAUUUAUCAGAGACCAACAGUAAUUUCUACAGCUAAGAUUCCGGUUACAGGACCUGCCCUACUGUUGUGAAAGUCUUUACAAAGCUAUUCUAGACUGCUUUUCUGUGUGCUGUCCAGAGGCCCCUGCAGCUCUAGGCAGCAUCCCCACAGUUGAGUGCUCGGGCCUCAUGCUGUGCUACUAGUAAGGUCACACACAUGUCACUUGGGCACCUGUCCAGAGCUGUCUCUUUAAAAUUAAGGAAUCCUUUUCUCCAACUUGGUUCUAAAAUUCUCCAGCACCCCAGCCAGGAGGAGCAGCUGCACCUGGGAUGAGGUGGGCAGCUAGAGAGGUAGAAAGAGGUCCUACACCAUCAUUUAGCCUCCGGUCUUUGCUGGCGCCACUCCAGCUGCAAGGUUGGGAUGCAUAUACUUUGCACUCUCACUUACAUUAUCCUAGAACCCAAAGCAAGAGCAUAUUCAGAAUGUGAGGCCAGCACUCAGCAUCACCCACUGAAGGACACUGGGAGUGCAGGGACCUCAGUCCUCCGCUAAGUGAGGACUGGCAGGAGCCAGAGAACACCAAAGGUGGCCAAUGUUGGACCACCUUUAAAUGUCCCAAAGGGCCAGGCCUAGUGGCACACACCUCUAAUCCCAGCAUUUUGGGGGCUAAGGUAAGGGAUCACAGCAAGUCAGAGGCCAGCCUGGGUUUCUUAGUGAGUUCAAGGACAGUCUAAAACACAUAGUGAGACUCUGUCCCAAAAAGUGUCCUGGGAGAUGCUUGAAGGUAGGAUAUUACUCUCGUCAUUAUUGCCCUGGACUCCACUUAACCUGCAUCGUGCCUCAUGCAUUGGGAAAGAAAUUCAAAGCCACCUUGGGAACAGGCAGUCCAACCUACAAGGUUUGAGACUCUGCCUUUGAGGUUCCCUGCAGCUCCAAGGCGAUGGCCCCAGCAGAUGUCAGGCAGUCAGGUAAGCAUAGGCUGAGUGAAUCUUUCCUAGGGCACUGUGGAGUCCUGUGUCUGCCAAUGAGUAUGCACCUGGAAAUGACGCAAUUACCAACCACUUGUCCACACCUAACAUUGACUGCUAUCCUCCGCAGUGUGGGCUCCUUUGGGCUUCUGGGCCAGUUGGCUCACCAAGAGCUCAUCACCAAUGGAAAGUCUGCCAUUUGCUUUGUACAAUCCUGUCCCAAGGUUGAAGUGAUCCCCAGCCUUCACACGCUCAUAAAGGAUGCAGGUAGUUCUGGAAGGUACCUCAGCAAAUGUGUUUGAAGAUUCAGCAGCACAUUUAAAUUGUAUGGUAGUGAGUUCUCCAGACAGCAUAAAGAAUGACUAAGGUGGCCAUUUUUCCUUGACACUGUAGAAGGGAUGAGGACUAAAGAAAUCAUUCCAAAGAGGACAACUUGGAGCCUUUCUUUAGAGCCAGACUAAAACUAUAGUAUCCAGGCUCCCUAAUCAUGAGACCAACCCUUUUUCUUAGAGGAUUUUUAGCUCGCUGAAAAGAGAACUGAGUGGUCGUGUAUUUGAAACAAAUUGAGAAAAGUCCAAAGGACCUGGGCUGAUGGUCGGCGGUCAGAGAAGAGCCCCACCCAGGCUGGGCUGGACACGGCCAGCUGCUCAGCAGGUCCCUUCCCACUCUUGGGUGUAGCUCUCAUGAAACCAAAUGCUGGCCACCUGCCUGUUGCCCCCAGGCAUUGACAGGCUCACUCCAAAGACAAUGGGGCAGAUGACUUUCCCAUCAUGAGGGAGGACAAGUUGGCAGGCCUGAAAGCUGGAUGGACUGAGAACUCACUACCCCUUCACACCCCAAGAUGGCAUUUCUCAAGCAGACCCCAUCUGAUCAGACCUCCAGCUGCCCAGCUCAUACUCAUUGAUGCUUACACCAAAUAUGGUACUGCAGCUGAUAUUUGGGGCAACCCUGCCCUGCCUUGGAGUUGGCAGAGAGUAGCAGCAGCAAUAAGCAUUCAGUGAACGGUUGAAAGAGCUGUUGAGCUAAGAGGCCUUUAGGGGCUUAGUGACUUUCAGGGUUCCUCAUAGCCCUCAAAGGCUUUGUCUGUGAAAGAAAGCCAGUAGUGUCCGAUGAGAAAACUGAGCCUCCAUUCGUGGUUUUCAAAGGGGGAUGAUGAAUGUGAAACCACCGCAGGAUGCGCUAGAGUCCGGUUUUUCUGUGCUUUGUCAUUUUACUGAUAGGAACUUUUGUUACUUAACUCUGUAUAACUUAUUUAAUGUACUGUAUAAAUGAACCAAAACCAUUAAAUAUGUAUUUAGUUUGUUCUA